AUGCAGAAGCCCACCUCUACAGAUCCAGAAGACAUGACAUUUGGGAACUCUAACAGCACUCUCACUCAAAAGCACAGUUGCAGCUCAGUACUGCUCACCAUUUGUGUUAUUUUCCAGUGGCUUGCUAUAACAGCCAUGUGCUGCCUCAUCUUUUUCUACAUUGAUGUGCUAAAGGAGGACAUAAACACUGAACUGCUGGAAAAGAUGAAGAAUAUCACCUCUAACAAUUUUCAGACCACUGGAAAUGAUAAAUUCAAGAGCUCAGUCAUGAAAUCAGAGAAGCCAAUCGCUCAUUUUACUGCACUUGCAGAUUUCCAUAAUACAUCAGGCCGUCUGUUCUUUGAACACACAAAAGGACACGCUUUCAAAACCCCUGACAUGAAGUAUAAUGAAGCUGGCUACUUGGUGAUUCCCACCAAUGGUAUCUACUUUAUUUAUGCACAGGUGACCUUUAAUUGUUUACAGGACUGCUCCAAGCUCAUUCAGCAAUUCUUUGUCUCAAUUUUCAAGAAGAACAAUCAUUACCAGGACCCAGAAGUAUUGCUGAAAAGCUAUGUCAGGCCUCAAGCCAAAGGUGAUGACUUUGUGAAGAUUUCAACCUACCAGGGUGGAGCCUUCAAGCUGUAUGCUGAUGACCAUAUGUAUGUUGAAGUUCCCAAAAACAGCCUCAUUUCAGCGCUUGAACAAGAAACUUACUUUGGGGCUUUCUUGCUAAAGCCUUCUGCCUCAGAAUAA